GGGAACGGGGUGAUCGGACGGCUCUCCGGACACCCCCGCCCUGUGUCCUUCACGCCCCGGCUGUCCUCCCCUCGCAGAUCGCGGGCGUGGAGCACGUGGUCUUCGUGCAGAGAAACGUUCUGAACUGGAAGGAGAGGACGCUCCUCAUCGAAGCGCACAACGAGACCUUCGCCAGCCGCGUGGCGGUCAAGGAGACCUGCAGCUACACCGUCCACCCUGAGAACGAAGACUGGACAUGCUUUGAGCAGUCCGCCUCGCUGGACAUCCGGUCUUUCUUUGGCUUUGAAAAUACCUUGGAGAAGAUUGCCAUGAAGCAGUACACCGCCAGUGUCAAGCGGGGGAAAGAGGUGAUCGAACAUUACCUGAACGAGCUCAUCUCCCAGGGCACCUCUCACAUUCCCCGCUGGACACCUGCCCCGGUCUGCGAGGAUGACGUCAGCAGCCAGGGUGGGCUGCGGGACCCUGGCUCCCUGGAGGCCGACAGGCCCAGCAGCAUCCAAAGCCCUGCUCUGGAGACGAUCACUACAGACGGAGACAAGCUGGAUGUGGACUACAUUGAGAGGUGCCUGGGCCAUCUCACACCCAUGCAGGAGAGCUGCCUCAUCCAGCUUCGGCACUGGUUACUGGAGAACCACAGAGGCAAGAUUCCCAAAGAUGAGCACAUCCUUCGGUUCCUGCGGGCUUGUGACUUCCACCUGGACAAGGCCCGGGAAAUGCUGUGCCAGUCCUUGAGCUGGCGGAAGCAGUACCAGGUGGAUCUCCUCCUUCAGACCUGGCAACCCCCUGCCGUCUUGGAGGAGUUCUAUGCAGGGGGCUGGCAUUACCAGGACAUAGACGGCCGCCCCCUCUACAUCCUUCGCUUGGGCCAGAUGGACACCAAAGGCUUGAUGAAGGCCGUGGGGGAGGAGGCACUGCUGCGGCACGUUCUUUCCGUUAACGAGGAAGGACAGAAGCGAUGUGAAGGGAACACAAAACAGUUUGGCCGUCCCAUCAGCUCCUGGACCUGCCUGCUGGACCUGGAGGGUCUCAACAUGCGGCACCUGUGGCGGCCGGGGGUGAAGGCCCUGCUGCGCAUGAUUGAGGUGGUCGAGGACAAUUACCCCGAGACCCUGGGCCGGCUGCUCAUUGUGCGAGCUCCCCGCGUCUUCCCUGUGCUCUGGACGCUG